AUGGCUCAGAUCAAUAAUGUUGAGAAGGGCAAACAGCAGCGAAGUCGUUAUUCUUACAAACCACGGGAAGCUGCUUCUGUUUCUGAAGAAGAAGCCGUCCCUUAUUUACGGGUAGGUAUCGUUGAAUUGGCCAUAAAACCAAUGAAAAGCGUUUUUUCUACGGCAGGCUGUUCAGGAAGUCAAAAUCUUGACGAAAUUCCUUUAGUACCCACAUGCGCAGAUGAGUUUGCAAGCCAGGGAAAUGGUGAUGAAGUUGCCUUGGAAAUUGCUGUCGCCAUCCCUAGACAGUCGGAGAAAAAAAGGAGUGUUGAAAGCAAGCGCUUUCCUGACGACGCGCUUAUUACUUCAGCGAACGAAAACAGAAGUAAGGAAAGAAAACGUGGUUUUACAAACGAAAGUUCCAAGGAAACGGAUGUUCAGAAAGGUCUGUUUUUAGAAGUCCAGGGUUUGGAUACCUGUGGUGCAAGAUAUUAUUUCAUUAAGGGCCUUCAACAUGGUUCGAAAGUGAGGAUUGUCGAGGGAAAGAAAAAAGAACUGAAAGAUGAAGGAUCUUCACUAAAACCGUUAAAGUGCAAAAAGUGUGGAAGUAACGUGCGCAUGGUAAAUAAAUUCCGGGAGGAUGGCCUUUGGAGGUUGGAAUGCCGUAAUGUUGUUUGUUUGAAAUUUCUUGGAUACGUACCAUUUGACCUCGACUACUACGAAGAACUUAAUAAUCAGUAUGAAGAAUACUUAAAGAAACGCUGCACGUCCCACCAUAAAAAAAAACGUCCUGCAGAAUUAAACGGAGGCACAAGUAAACACGGCAACAGUGAAAUUUACGAUUCUGACUCCAGUAUUGAAGUCAAUGAAAGUGGUGAAUUAUGCGUUUCAUGUCCCGGACAAAUAGAGAAGGCAGUUCUUUUUUAG